AUGGGAGGUUGUGUGGGACGAUAUCAGCAAAGGAAUUUGCCAAGGCGUGAUACUACGGUUGGGAACGAUGGUGAAGAGGACAGGUUAAUAAAAUUGAUAGAUGAGAUCUCAAAGGACCGUGCAAAACCAACACUGAAUCAAUACUAUGACGCAGAUUUCAAGGCCAUUCUAAAAAAGUACUCUCGUAGUUUGAAGGAGACGUUCAAUUUUUCGCGGAAUGAUGCUGAGAUUCUAAAAGUUUGGAAGGAAAAGAAGCGCUUCGACGAUGUUAUGAUACAAUUUCAACCUUCACUUCAUUCCACCCUUGCCUAUCGCCAGCCAGAUGGCUCGAAUUCGGAUGACCAAUCAGGAGUUCAGUCUGGAAAUAUACCCGAAAUUCAUGUGCAUGUCGAAUCUAAUACUCUGCCUGAAUAUUUAAGAAAGGCAUCGAAUUCAUUGACUUAUAUUCCCCGCAACCUCAAGGAGGCGAUUGACCGGCUGAUAGAUUUAAAGGGAAUAGAUCACGAACAGAACGUAAACGCCAACGGCAGUUCGAAAAAAACAGACGCUAACUACCAUGCCCCACUCAGCGGCCGUCAAAAUAAUACUGACGAGACAUUGGUAAGUCGUUGUUUCGGUAAACAUUAUGUAUACAACGUUCCUCCACAGUAA